GGCUCAUCGGUGUGUCUGCAUCCCCGGCAGAUGCAGAGAUCAAAAGGAGCACAGGGUGAAUGAAGCUGACUGCGCCACGCACAAGCCCUCUUUCUGCUUGCUCUGGCUUCGUUUCCCCGGGGAUACAAUGGAGGAAGGAGCGAGCGGUUUGAGCUGUCCAGCAGAAACAGACUUUAGCAGGACUCUGUACCAUUGCUAGCAGGGAGCUUGUUCAGGCACACACAGUCCCUUCGCAAAAUGCUUGAGCUCCAGCAGAACGAUGGCAGAAGGGCAAUACAAUGGAGUGUUGUUGUUGAAGUGGAUAUGCUGUGGCAACUGGAGAUGCCUUAUACACCCAGGUCGAGCUUACUUCUCAGGUGAAUAACUUGCAGCUUGUCUCACUGUCCUGCCGAAGGCAGCAUGGGGAGUGUGAGCAGCCUCAUUUCAGGCCAGAAUCUCCAACAGAAACACUGCAAAGCCUUGGAGUACAGAAAUAUCAAAGCUUCCCACCUCCACAAGCUCCUCAGGCAACAGGAUGGCCUGCUGAGGUUUGACACCAGCCACCAAGCUACCAACAAAGGCCCCAAAACAAACUCUGAGUGCGAGAAAACCGAGGACUUCUUCUACGUCAGUAUCAGCCAGACCAAUGGGCUGACCAACUUGGGCAAGCUGAAGAACUGCGCUGUCAAAGUGGAGCCUCAGAAAGACGGACCUGUCAGCCUGGAUGUGCAAGAACCUCCCUGCAAACCGGUACCAUUCUCUGGCCAGCUUGACAAGAGCACGGAAAAUAAUAUUGUUAGGCCGACAGCAUUGAAGGUGAUGGCACCAAGGAAUGGCAAUCCCAAUCUGAACUGUAUCUCAGGAAAGCUGACAAACCGAAACCUCGCAUUUCAGGGCAAUCUAUCGAAGGCAGCUACACAUUCAGAGAUGCACGAAGCUCACGAGCAGAAAAGCACAAACCAUUCAGGAACCCUGUCAGACUCGGGUCGAAAUUCCAUGUCUAGCCUGCCCACUCCAAGCACGGGAUAUAGCUGUGGCACGGAGCCAGUUGGGGCAGCAAACUUCAGCAGGUUCGGAGGCUCAGUUCAUCACAUUAGUCAGGGAGCAGGCUCUCUGGACAGCAUCUUGCGGACUGGAACCUGCAGCGCUUCCGCCCCUCAGAGUGGGCACACGCAGGCUAGUCACAGCACAUACUUUCACCAGCCCUGGAAAGAAGUUGGGUUGGAGGGACUACCACCAACUCAGGAUGUGAAGGAGACGGCCGUCAUCAGCAAGAACAUGAGCAAGCAGGAGAUGGCCAGCGUGAUGCAGUGUGACACCAAAACGAACCAAGCCCAUCAGAAAGCACCAAGAAACCAACACCAGCUUGUCCUGCUCCAGCUCAGCCAACUCCAACAAGACAAAGCCAAACUUCAGGAAGACUUCACACAACUCCUGCAGGAGCGUGACAACCUCAACGCCAAAUGCAAAGCUUACCAAAGGGAACAAACUGAGCUUGCUCCAAAGCUGGAAGAAACAAAGUGGGAGGUUUGCCAGAAGUCAGGGGAGAUCUCGCUGCUGAAACAGCAGCUGAAAGACUCACAGGCUGAGCUGAUGCAAAAGAGCAGUGAACUCUUGUCACUGAAGAUCCAGCUGAGGGAAGCCAAAGGGAAGCUGUCUGCCCGGGAACAGGCGGUCAAGGAGCUGCAAGACUCCCUGCAAGCCAGGGAAAGAGAUCUCGAAGUGUGUGAAAACGAGCGGCAGCGCGUGAAGAAUGCUGCCGACCUACUGAGGGAAAAGGUGGGCCUGCUGGACAGCCAGAUACUGCACCUGAAGCACCAGCUGGCCAGCCGCAAAGAGCUGGACAUUCGCACUGCGCAGGCCGAUCCCUCAGCCUCCCACAGUGGCUGCAGGGAGCUGCUCCCAUGCCAGCCUGACCAAGACCCCGUGGCUCGGCGAGGGGAGUUGGCAAGCUUACAAUCCCAGCUGCAGCAGGAGAAGCAAGCCAACUGGGAGCUCUCCAGCAACUUUCGCCAGGAGCGGCUCAUGUGGCAACUGGAGAAGCAGCGAGUGAUUGAAUACCAGAAGCAGCUCCAGCAGAGCUACACUGAGGUGCUACACCAGAACCAGAGCCUGCAGAACAUUAUCCAGCAACUUUCCACUCAGCUGGAGGCCAGGGAUCCUGGGGGUGGGGAAAGGCAGAGUGCCAACAUUCACUACCAGGAGACUGUCGCCACUGCCUUAUAACAAGUGCAAGGAACUGUUCUGCUUGUUUCAGUUUCAAUCACUGAGUGGAUCGGAGGGUUUCUCCAGCACAUAAUCAGAAAUUUCCAGACUGCGAAGUCACAUGACUUGACUUCAGUUGAGGUGACUGAGGAAUGACUGCCUCACGCUGUACCUUCUCAAUGUUUACAGACACGUGUCACGUGAAGGUGUAAGACCGAGGUCGCUGUGACAUUACACUCGCCUGUUCACAGCGAGCUCUCGAUGCUCGAGUCACUGGCUAUUACUGGUGAGCUGCUUGAGUACAGCACAUUCCCUGAAGGUGGUAUGACAACUGGGUCACUGAAAGAAUGGGGAGGAGAGAAAAGGCUCACCAAAACAACACAGCCUUUGAGAACAAAUGACCAGCAAUUCCAAACAGCAGGUCAACAGCAAGUGAGGGUCAGAAAUAAAACGUAAUUAGCCUCAAUCUCUUUUCUUGUCUCUCUGUCCAUCAUCAGCAACCAUAUUUUCAUACAAACUGUAGCCCAUUGGCAAGUGGAAACCAGGAUCUGAAGGGGGCCCAGCCAACUGAUUUUUAAAUGGUAAUUGUUCCCCAAUGCAAGAUUACAUUUUCAUCUUUGGUGUAAUGUUUACUGUAAGUACUCCAUACAUUUUAAAUACCUCCAUGAUUGAAGCUCACAAGCCAGGGAAAAAGGUUCAUAUAUGGAACUGUCAAUAACAGAGCAGGCCAUUCAGCCCGUCAGAGAUAGUAGAAAUUGCUGAUGCUGGAGAAUCUGAGAUAACACGGUGUGAAGCU